AUGGCACACCAAGACGCACUCUACCCACCCCGCGCCCUUCGCUACGCGGAAGGGACUCGCUUUUGUAACACUAGAAACUGGAAUUUCGUAACGGAUGGAUUCAUUUGCAACGGCGUUCCGGCAACCGCUCCGAUCAGAGACACUAGUAACAUCUAA